GCAAAUUGAUCAAUUAUGGAUAGCAAACAAGAAAACAAAAGUGCAGUAAACCAGGAGGCGGCAGAGAACGUAGGUGCAGCAGUGGAGGAGCAAGCAGUAGCUAUGCCUGCCAAAUCAGUAAAUGCGGAAGAGGAAAGCCAUUUGAAUAUCUCAACUGGAGGCGGCGGCGUCGUCGGCGCCGGCAAAGUAACAAAAAAGAAGAAAGGAAAAGCACGAAAUGCGGGGACUGGCAACGAUCUGGACACGGAGCUGAAGAAGCUCACCCAGCGACGCAUCAAUGUGGCUGGAGCACCGAAAAUGCCACUGAACUCGUAUGUGAGAUUCAUGAAUGAUCGUAGGGAACAGCUGCGUCGCGAGCAUCCCAAUCGCACCGCCUUGGAGCAUACGAAAAUGAUUGGCGAGGAGUGGCACCAGCUGACGGAUGAACGAAAGGCACCGUAUCUGGAGGCUGCAGCCAAGGAUAAGGCAUUAUAUCAGGAACAAAUGCACAAGUUCCUGAAGGAGCAUCCCGAAAUAGUGGCAACCGAAUUGGCCAAAGCGAAGAAGGUAUUCGAUAACAAAAAUGCCAGCACACCCAAGGAAAAGGCAACCAAUAACAACAACAACAACAACAGCAGCAGCGGCAUUGACGCAGCCAAUAGCAGCGCCACAGUCACCGCUACUGCUGGCGCAAAGAAAACUAUUGUUAAGCACACUGGAGGGGUGAACAAGCAACAGCAACAGCAGCUGAGUACACCAACACCAGACCCGGAUGAUAUACCGCUAGCUCAAGUGAAGCGUACACCGACACCGCCCGCACUCAACUCCUGCGCCCCUGCGGCCCAACGUCCGUGCAUAGCAGGCGAAAUACCCAUCUACACAAACGAGUUUAUCGAGCACAAUCGCAGCACAGAGAAUGAGCUGCGCACUCUGCGCAAGACCAAAACAGAUCUGGAGCAGCAGAAUGCAGUGCUGGAACAGCAUGUGGAUAACACAAAGGCCGGCCAUGCGAAAAUCAUGGCCGAAGUGUCCGAGCUGAAGGAGGAGAAUGCCCGUCUCGCAACAUAUACAAAGAACCUGCGGCAGAAACUCGUCGCGACGCUGAGUGGCGUUACGCUGCCAGCCGUGCAUCCUGGCGGACUCAACGUAGAGAGCGUGGAUAAGUACAUACAUCACCUGGCCGAAAUGAUCAGCAGCAGCUCGGCGGCCUCCGACCAGCAGAACAAUGCAAUGCUGCUGAAGGUGGCGGAUCUAUUGUGUAAAAUGGAUACGUCAUCCCUACAGAAACCAUGAAAACAUCGGCGAAUCGGGGCGGGACUCAGCGAGGCGGAGAGGCCUCUGUAUUAGUUUUAAGUACAAUUUUAUACACAUACAUAUAAAAAUAUGUUCGUUCGCGUA